CUAAUUAAUUUUUCGAUCGCAAACGAUCUCGGCUCCCUAUUACCCUCUCGCUCUCUCGUCUCCCCCCAUUAAAAGUUUCUCUUUUGAGAGGAGGAUCAAACCCCUUCAUUCCUCCUCUCAAACCCUAGCUUUUCAAAUCCAAUGGCCUCCGAUGGCGUCCUCGAUAAGAACGCCAUCUUCAAGAAGCUCAGAUCUCGGUCCGAGAACAAGAUGUGCUUCGAUUGCAACGCGAGGAAUCCGACGUGGGCUUCGGUAACGUACGGGAUCUUUCUCUGUAUUGAUUGCUCGGCGGUACAUCGGAGCCUCGGCGUUCAUGUUAGCUUUGUGAGGUCCACAAAUUUAGACUCCUGGUCUCCAGAGCAGUUAAAGAUGAUGGCUUUUGGGGGAAACAACCGUGCACAGGUUUUUUUCAAGCAACAUGGAUGGACUGAUGGUGGUAAAAUUGAGGCAAAAUACACAUCUAGAGCUGCUGAGUUAUAUAGGCAGAUACUGUCUAAGGAAGUUGCUAAAAGCUUGGCAGACGAAGUCAUCCUUCCUUCAUCUCCUGUUGCUGCAUCUCAGACAUCUGAAGUAGGCCUUCCCGAGCUUAAGCUUCCAGAAACACCAAAAGAAAAAGAGAAGCAUGAAACUCCGGAAGUAACUCGUUCACCUAAAGCUCCUAUUCAUUCAGCAGUCAUGGCAAAGAAGCCAAUUGGGGCUAAGAAGGCUGGAGGUAGAUCCGGAGGCCUUGGCGUACGGAAACUUAUGACAAAGCCAAGUGAGAGUCUUUAUGAUCAGAAGCCUGAGGAACCAGCACCAGCUGUUACAUCCUUGGCUACUCCUAGUCCAUCAACAAAAGGAUCAUCUUUUUCUUCUCGAUUUGAGUAUGUAGAGCCAGGUACUGGGACUGUCUCUGGAGGUUCUCAAGUUACUGGCCAUGUGGCACCCCCAAAAUCUUCGAACUUCUUUGCUGACUUUGGAAUGGAUAGUGGGUUCCAGAAAAAAACUAACUCUACUUCAUCAAAAGUGCAGAUCCAGGAAACUAAUGAAGCCAGACAGAAAUUUUCAAAUGCCAAAUCAAUUUCAUCUGCACAAUUCUUUGGCGAUCAGGUUAAGCCUGGGGAUAGGGAUGCUCAAAUCUCAUUGCAAAAGUAUUCGGGCUCAUCAUCCAUUUCAAGUGCGGAUCUGUUUGGUAAUGGCAUGGAUGAUUCUAGUCUUGAUCUAUCUGCAUCUGACCUUAUCAACAAAAUCUCCUUCCAGGCAUCACAGGAUAUAUCCUCCCUCAAGAACAUCGCUGGAGAGACCGGGAAGAAGUUGACUUCCAUAGCUUCCACUCUCCUCAAUGACUUCCAAGAUAGAAUCCUCUAAAGUGUGUUUCUUACCGGCUUCAUGUUCGAAAACGAGCUACUCUGCUUGUUAUAGGGCAGGAUUAUUGAUCGACUUCUUGAGAGGUUGUUUGUCUAUUGCGUUAAUUUAAUUUGUUGAAAGUUUUGCUCAAGGGGUGCGUAAGUUAGGAUUGUUUGCAGUUGUAUGAGCCAAAUUCGUUACAGUGUUACAGAAAGUCAUGUAUGUUGCCUAUAAAUAAUAUUUUUCUAGUCUUUUUCUUUAUUAAAUGUUAAUUUGUAUUUGUGGACCUGGAAAAUUUGCUCUAUAUGACAGGGUAGUACCCCUUUUGUGUUUUGUGAGCA